AUGCAAACAAGAGACAAUCACAAUCACAGCCUUUCAUCUUAUGAUCAUAAUUCGGGUGGUCCGUUUGUUGUUUCGGGUCUUCCUGACCCAAUCACCCUCACCCUCCGACCACCAAAGUUGAUUUCUCAUCAACUUGAAAGCUUGAUAGAGGCUGAUCAGAAGAACAGCUAUGGUCUCAUUGUGAACAACUUCUGUGAGCUGGACGGUCCCGAUUACAUCAAGUAUUAUCAGAAAAUUACAGAUCUCAAGGUUUGGCACAUUGGUCCUGCUUCUCUCAUGUUACGAAACAUGCUGCGACAGAAGAAUCAUCAUCACCAACAACGUAAUAAGGACCAUGAAUACAUAAGAUCAUGGCUCGAUUCCAAGGAAUGCAAUUCCUUAGUUUUCGUUAGCUUUGGGAGUUUAUGUCGUUUCGCUGGCCCUCAACUGUUCGAAAUAGCAUGUGGCUUGGAAUCUUCUGGAUGUUCCUUCAUCUGGGUGGUGCACAGGGAAUCCAAACAAAAGAAUCACCGUGACGAUGAAGAUGAAGAGGACGCGUGGUUGCCGUUAGGGUUUGAAGAGAGGAUGAAGAAGGAAAACAACAGAGGGCUCAUCCUGAUGAAAUGGGCCCCACAGGAAUUGAUACUGAACCAUCCGGCGAUCGGUGGGUUUAUGACGCAUUGUGGGUGGACGUCAGUGAUGGAGGCGGUGAGCGCUGGGGUACCGAUGAUGACGUGGCCAGUAUUCAUCGAGCAGUUUUACAACGAGAAGCUGAUAACGCAAGUGCACGGGUUUGGAGUGGAGGUGGGCGCAGAGGAGUGGAAGUCCAGUCCCUAUGAGAGAAUGGAGAAGGUAGUAAGCAGGGUAAAGAUAGAGAAAGCCGUGAGGAGGCUAAUGGACGGCGGAGAUGAAGCUGAGAGGGUGAGGAUGAAAGCCAGAGAGAUGAGAGAGAAAUCUCGAAAAGCAGUGGAAGAAGAUGGAUCCUCACAAAUGAAUUUGACUGCCAUGAUUGAAGAUCUUAAGCUCCUUGCCAUGAAUGGAGCUCGAAAUGGAACUUUUAUGGGUUGA